AAAGGAACAAAGGCUCCACAAGCUGCUGGACGUAUUCACACCGAUUUCGAAAAGGGUUUUAUUAUGGCUGAAGUAAUGCAUUUCAUUGACUUCAAAGAAGAAGGCUCCGAGGCAGCUGCCAAAGCAGCUGGUAAAUAUCGCCAACAGGGCCGUAACUACGUCGUUGAAGACGGUGAUAUAAUUUUCUUCAAGUUUAACGCCGGUGCUGGUCUAAAAGAUGCUAAGAAAAAAUGAUACUAUGUAUUUAUACUACUGUUUGCAAUGUUUUACAUAAAUUUAAUAAUGUAUUCUCAAAGUUUUCUAUUUGCUUGAAUUUGUAAUUUUGGCUAUCUAUAUUCAUAAAAGU